AUGUCUGUGCACCGCCGCAACGCCAGUGAGGACAUUGAUCCGUUCGGCGCCCCUGAAGACUACUACGGCGCCAACACAAACCCCAUUGCGGCACCAAAAAGCUCGCGUGCCGGGCGGACCCGGACGUUUUCCGUUUCCGAACCGCUUCGCUCGCAUUCGGGGACGCCUGAGCCGCCGCAGUUGCGCCGCGGGCUGAUUGUUCCGAUCCAUGAGGACCCGGGGCCUCCAGAGAAGUUCGAGCCGGGCCCGCUUCGCCGCAGGGGCCUGCUUGACGAACGCUGGACUGCGCCCAGACAGUUUUACAUUGCCUCCAUAGACGACACGUUGGAGCAGCUUUUGCAGAGCGAGGACACCGACCACAACUACCAGAUCACCAUCGAGGACACGGGGCCCAAGGUUUUGCGGCUCGGAACCGCCAACUCCAACGGAUUCCGCCAGGCAGUGGUCCGGGGCACAUACAUGCUUCUGAACCUCUUGCAAGAGUUGACCAUUGCCAAGCGGUUUGGCCGGCGCGAGAUGAUCUUGGACGAGCGCCGCUUGGAGGAAAACCCAGUGGCCCGCAUGCGCCGCCUCAUUCUGGGCCUGUUUUGGAAAGCUCUCACCCGCAAAGUCACGCCGGAAAACAUCGCCGAUAUGGCCCGCGAUACCAAGAUCUGCGACGAGUACGUCGACGCGUCGGGACGAGUGGUGCGUACGGAAAGUGUCCGUAUCUACGUGCCCUAUGACCGGCCGGACCAGCUCCGGUAUUUCUGUUCCAUCCGCGACCAGAACCCGCAGCUCGGGCUAGAUGUCCAGCAGUUGCCGCAGAAGAUGGACGCCGAGUAUAUUCGCUCCAUCAACAAGCGGCCGGGUCUCUUGGCGCUCGAGGCAAAACAGGACCCAAAUGAUCCAACCAAUCUCUUGAACGAGCCGUACGUGGUUCCGGGUGGCCGCUUCAACGAGUUGUACGGCUGGGACUCGUACAUGAUGGUUCUUGGCUUGUUGCUAGACGUCACACCUGCAGCACAAACGAAUUUGCGUUUGGCCAGAGGCAUGACGGAAAACUUCAUUUAUGAAAUCCACCACUACCACAAGAUCUUGAACGCAAACAGACUGUACUACUUGGGACGUUCACAGCCACCUUUCCUCACAGACAUGGCGCGUCGCAUCUACGACAAGACGCUUGAGGUGAGUCCUACCAGCACUAAGGAUAUGACUGACUUCUUGAAGAGGGCCACUUUGGCUGCAAUCAAAGAAUACAAUACUGUGUGGUGUGCUGUUCCGCGUCUUGAUGAGGAGACUGGUCUCUCCUGCUACCAUCCAGAAGGGUCCGGCGUGCCACCGGAAACCGAGGCGUCGCAUUUCGAUGCUGUAUUGCGGCCAUACGUCGAGAAGUACGGCAUUUCACAGGCCGAGUUCAUCGAACGUUACAACAACCACGAGUUGCAUGAACCGGCGCUUGACGAGUACUUUUUGCACGAUCGUGCUGUGCGUGAAUCUGGUCACGAUACGUCGUACCGGCUUGAAGGAAAGGCUGCGUACUUGGCCACAGUGGACUUGAACUCUUUGCUCUACAAGUAUGAAGUGGAUAUUGCCGACUUUAUCCGCACACACUUUGGAGGCGAGUUGGCAACGCCGUGGGGCACGGUCGAAAAGCCAGAGGAAUGGGAAAAGCGUGCUGCGCAAAGAAAGGUGAACAUGACCAAGUACUUGUGGAAUGAGCAGGAUAGCAUUUACUAUGACUACCACGUUCGCGAGAAGCAGCAGAACAAGUACGAAUCUGCCACAUGUUUCUGGCCCUUGUGGGCCGGCGCAGCAUCGGAGGACCAGGCCGACAAGCUUGUCAAGAACUCGCUCUGCAAGUUCGAAGAGGCUGGCGGCUUGGUCUCAGGUACGCUUGCGUCUCGUGGCGAAGUCUCCAUCAACCGGCCUUCGCGCCAAUGGGAACUACCCGUACGCAUGGGCUCCACACCAGAUGUUGGCAUGGAUCGGCCUCAGCAACUACCACUACCGGAGGUGCCGCGCGCCGUUUGGGCAUACCGCUGGUUAUUCAUGAUGACUCGUGCGUUUGUUGACUACAAUGGUGUGGUGGUGGAGAAGUAUAAUGUUAUCAAGGGCGCUGUGCCCCACAAAGUUGACGCUGAGUACGGUAAUCAAGGCGCGGACUUCAAGGGUGUGGCCACCGAAGGUUUUGGCUGGGUCAAUGCGAGCUACUUGCUUGGCUUGACGUACUUGAACUUGCAGGCACAUCGCAGUAUUGGCGCCCUAGUUCCGCCUGAUGUGUUUUUUGCCAACUUGUCGCCAUCACAAAAGGAACUCUACGAGUGA